AAGUCGACACUAUGUAAAAUUGAGAGAAAAGUCUUGACAACAGAAGAAGUCACUUUUUUGUGCUGAAUCAGUAAAUGGAGGCCAAACCCCUCAGCAAGAAGAGAAGCAACUUCAGCCCUGUAUGCAAAUGGGUAACCAGUUGCCUCCCAAAAAAGCUCCAGGUUUCUGUUCCUUUCGCUAUGGAUUGUCUUUCCUUUUGCACUGUUGUAAUGUUACAAGAAUGGCACAAUGUACAUGCCUGAACCUCACAAUGGUAGUCAUGGUGAACAGUACAGAUCCACAUGGUUUGCCCAACACCUCCACAAAGAAGCUCCUGGAUAAUAUAAAGAACCCUGUGUAUAAUUGGGGCCCAGAUAUCCAGGGAAUCAUCUUGAGUUCCACCUUCUAUGGUUUCAUCAUCAUCCAAGUUCCUAUUGGAUACUUCUCUAGAAUAUAUUUUGUAAAGAAAAUAAUUGGCUUUGCAUUAUGCCUUAGCUCUGUGUUAAGCCUGCUCAUCCCACCAGCAGCUGGAAUUGGAGAAGCUUGGCUCAUUGCAUGUCGAACAGUUCAGGCAGUAGCCCAGGGGAUAGUUGGAACAGCCCAAUCUGAAAUACAUGUCAAAUGGGCUCCUCCCGUGGAAUGAGGUCGACUUACUUCUAUGAGUGCAUCAGGGUUUUUAUUGGGACUCUUUAUUGUCCUGGUUGUGACUGGAGUUAUUUGUCAAUCUCUGGGCUGGCCCAUGGUCUUAUAUAUUUUUGGUGCUUGUGACUGUGCUCUAUGUCUUCUCUGGCUCUUUCUGUUUUACGAUGACCCCAAGGACCACCCAUGCAUAAGCAUCAGUGAAAAGGAAUACAUCACAUCCUCCCUGGUCCAGCAGGUCAGCUCAAGUAGACAAUCUCUGCCUAUCAAGGCUAUGCUUAAAUCACUUCCAGUCUGGGCUAUUUCCAUUGGUAGUUUUACUUUUUUCUGGUCAAAUAACAUCACGACAGUGUACACUCCAAUUUUCAUUGACUCCAUGCUUCAUGUUAAUAUAAAAGAGUGUGAAACAGAGCACUUGCAGAGCCUGGGACCAACCUUCUUACUGAAGGGAAGAGGGACCAGCACACAAAGCUGAGGCUGUGGGGCCAUCACCAGCAUCAGGACGAAGGUGGUAGGAGUCCUAGGAGCCUGUUUUACACUCCCACAUAUCCUGUGAGCAUCGUUUUUUAACAUGUAUUGUCUGUAACAUGUAACAUAUCUGAAUUUUAAAUGGGGGUGGUGGUUUACCUCUGUCUUUCUCUCUGCAUCAGUUGCUUUAUAAAUGAUUGUUAAACUAAUAAACACACACAAGAUAAAAUUUUA